AUGAACAUAAAAAAAAACCAUUGCCAUCCUCUUAUUGAACAAAUUAACAAAUGGGAAACAGAUGCAAUAAAAAAGGUUCGGGAAACAGCUGAAGAAGCACGACAACAAGUUAACAAAUUGAUCAAUACACAAACAGAAAAAGUGUCAAAGAAAUUGAAUGAUCUUGCUGAACGAUUACGAAAAGCUCGUAUAGAUGAUGAUUAUGUUGAAACUGAUCUUCAAAUAUGGACAAUUAAACUUGAUAAAUGGAAACGUUAUAUUUCUGCUGUUUCUUAUUCGAUUCAUAUUAAUGAGGAUCCAACUAAUGUACUUAUUGCUAAAAUGUAUAUCUCCUCUACAAUACAACAAUUAGACUUCGAACAACGAUUUGGUGAAGUUUUUGGCGAUAUUAAUAUUGAAGAUAACGGUCGUGUGAUUAAACACGGUACUAGCGAAUGUGGUAAUGCAUACGCACGCACUAUAGGCAAGUAUUCACAAGGAAAACAUAAAGUUCAAUUCAUCAUUAACAAAAAAAACUGCACUGUAUGUGAUAUAUUUUAA